AUGCUGCUGUGCCCACCAAUUCUUCGACGCGUCCUGCCUUUUCCAUUUUUCACGAGCACAGGUCGAAUCCGAAGAAUGAGGUUCUCUAAGUGUCUCGUUUUCCAACUCCUUACGCUCUCUACCACCACUUUCGCUUCCGAGUCCCUUCUUAAACCCUACGUCUUAACGAACAACAUCGCUGGGCUUGGGUUCUUCGCUCAUUUUGACUGGCAGGCCAUCGAUGAUCCUACUCAUGGGCGAGUAACUUACGUCGACAAAAAGACUGCCAUCCAGCAGAACUUAACCUAUGCCUCCUAUGACUCGUUCAUCCUCCGGACGGACUCGAAAACGGUUUUGGAUCCUGCUGGCCCUGGCAGGAAUUCUGUCCGUAUCAGAUCGAAAAGGACGUAUGAAACCCACGUCGCAGUCUUCGACGUCCGCCACAUGCCCCAAGGUUGCGGAACGUGGCCUGCCAUCUGGGAAACGAAGGAGAUCAACUGGCCGGAUGGUGGCGAAAUCGACAUCCUCGAGGGUGUCAAUGACCAAGCUCCGAAUAGUGCCACGAUCCAUACCAGAGCAGGCUGCAGCAUGCCCGAGACUCGUCUGCAAACCGGAACGUCAGGACAGCUCGAUUGCGACUGGCUGGUGAACUUCAACACGGGCUGCGGCGUCAAAUUCCCGACGAAGGCGAGCUAUGGCCCGGACUUCAACGCAAACGGAGGUGGAUGGUUCGCUAUCGAACGUACUGAUGAGCACAUCAGCGUGUGGUUCUGGGACAGGCAGGGCAAUACCGUCCCUAGAGACGUCAAGCGGGGCACGCUCCUCGUCGACCCGAAGAAAUGGGGAGUUCCGUCCGCUCAUUUCCCCAAUACCUCCUGCGACUUCACCCAGUUCUUCCAGGAGAACCACAUCAUCAUUAAUCUAACGCUUUGCGGUGAUUGGGCCGGCAACGCCUACGGUGCAACGGGAUGUCCUUCAACCUGCAUCGAUCAUGUAAAUAGCAGCCCAGAGGCUUUCACCGAAGCGUACUUCGACAUAGGUUCCAUUCGUAUCUACGAGCACCUCUAG